ACAACACCAACAACACCAACCAACGACACUUCACGAUACUUGACGACACCAUCUAUCUAUUCAACUUUGUUAUAUACAACACUGACAACACAUAGUCAACAGUCAGACAUAUCAACUGACGACAUGUCUGACCACAUUGUCAUGUCCGACCUCACCGGUGCUAUCACCAGCAGCACCAACUCCUCGCCCCAACCACGCCGGCGUUGCGCUUGCAAAUACUGCAAGUGCCCCAACUACGCCCAAGAGCCCAUUUACCACGACUACGGCUCUCCCCUUACGCCUACAUCGCCAACGACCCCUUCAACCCCACGUACACCCGGGACCCCUAGCUCUUCCCCCCCUAUCACCCCUUGCACCCCUGAGAACACGACUAUCAGCAUCAAUAGUCGGCGUUCACUCACAACCCCCCCCUCGGAUAUCAAGAUGAAGCAUCAUGAUCAUAAAUGCAACAUCGUGAGGGACGACUGCCUCGACCACCACCACAACCGCCGCACCCCUGCUACCAUCGCCACCCAGUCGACCAACACGGCCGUCCUCGUCUCGCCAGGCUCAGACCUCUGCCUGACCUGCGAGCACGUGCACCUGUGGGGCAAGAUGGAGAAGACCUACACGGGGUGCAUGUGCACGUGCCGGUGCAAGCUGCAGCGGGCUUCGCACCCGCCCACGUGCCCAUCCUCCCCCUUCCACUUCCCAACUCCCCCUUGUAACGCCACCGCCGUCACGUCCCCGUCCUCGGCCUCCCCACCCAGCCUCUUCGCCAUGGACCUGACGACGAGGCUGAACGAGGACGGGGAGCGGGUGCCGACGCUGACGAAGAGGGAGGCGGCGCAGCUGUUGCUCUGUGAGGAUUGCUUGGAGCAGAAUAGGCUGAAUCCGAGGCGGCAUCGGGUGCAUGGGUUUUUUAAGGGGGCGGAGAGUUAG